AUGGUAGCAGAAUUAAAUAUUUAUAACAUUAAAAAGUUGGGUCAAGUUUCUACUCCGGACAACAUUGUUGAUUUUAUGCUUGAUGCGAUUGGAUAUAAGGGAGAAUCUAUACUUAACAAACAUAUAUUAGAUAAUUCCUGUGGUGAAGGUGCUUUCUUAAAAGGUGUAGUCAAAAGAUAUAUAGAAACUGCCAAAGAAAAAAAUUUGUCCCAAAAAGAAAUAAAAAAAGGUUUAGAAACUUAUAUUCAUGGAGUAGAAAUAGACCAUUCUGCUUAUGAAAACUGCUUAAAAAGUUUAAAUUUUAUAUUCCCAGCUAAUUAUGAUCUAAAGUUGGGAGAUGCGUUAUUUAUCAGAGAAUACAACAAAAAAAUGGAUUUUGUGGUAGGUAAUCCCCCUUAUGUUAAAAUUCAUAAUUUAAACGGAGAAUAUAAGAAUGUCAUUUCUCAAAAACAGUUAAAAGGAAUGGUAAAUUUAUAUUUACUAUUUUAUUUUUUGUCCUUUCAGCAGUUAAAUGCUACCGGUAAAUUAAUUUAUAUUACUCCUUCUUUUUUUAAGAAUGCCAGUAGUAAGAUUUUGAGGGAGAAAAUUUAUCAAGAAAAGAAGCUAGUUCAUAUUUACAACUUUAAACAUCAACAAGUUUUUCCGGAUAUAACUACUUAUCCAGUGAUAGCCUUAUUUGCUAACUCCCAAGCAAGUCAGAAAUUUAAUUAUUCGGCAGUUGAAUUAAAUAACAAUGGCAAAGAAGAAGUAAAAAAUGCUUUUGCUACCUUGGCGGAUGAUGUUUUUAUUGCGGAUAAAUUUUCUUUUCGUUCUCCUGAUAUAAUUAAAAUAGUCAAGAGUUCCACCGGAGAAAUAAAAGAGUGUAUUUUUCCUUAUUACUAUGAUGAAAAAAGCAAGAGACAUUUAUUAAAAGAUUUUGCGGAACUGGAUGAAAAUACUAGAAAUUAUUUACUGGCUUUUCAAUCGCAAUUAGAAGCUAGUCAAGCCAUUAAUGAUGUUGGCAAAAAUAAGAUUUAUGUCAAUUGUUUAUUCAAUAAAGAAGUUAGUAAUGUAAAUUUUGGGUCAGUUCCAGAAGGAAUGGGAAUAUAUGGCGGAAUAUAUAUUUUACCAAAUGGAACUAAACCAAAGAUUAUCGAAAAUAACCUUGAAAGUGAAAAAUUUAAAGAUUUUAACAAAGCAUCGAAAGAAGUAAUUAUAAUGAAGCCCAAAUUAGAUAAUUUAAACGAGAAAUUUUUAAAAUGCUUGGAACAAAGUUUCUUGAAAUAUUUAGAAAAAGGGUCUAAGGGAGUACGAGGAACGGGAAAAUUAAAAAUUCUCCAUCCGCAUAUUGCUCGGGAUUUAGGAAAUGUUUUAGGGGCUAAAUACCAAAUUUUCUCCUUGGAUGAAAAGCAAGGAAAAGAAAAGAUAAUUAGAGGUCGCUACAUGGAGAAAAGGAUGGAUAUAGCCGUAAUGAAAGGAGAAAAACCAGUCGCGGGUCUUGGCAUCAAGUUCAUUAUGAGUAAUUAUCGCCAAAAUUCAAACAAUUAUUUUGAAAAUAUGUUAGGAGAAACGGCCAACAUUAGGACUAAUAGCAUUUUGUAUUUUCAGAUAGUUAUUUGUUUUGCUCGCUCUCCUUAUUUCCAUAAGGAGGAAAAUAAAGAAAAAGUUAUUAAGAAUUUUGAAAGGGUAAGUUUAAGCCACUUGGAAAAAUAUCAAAUUCUUUCCCAAGAUGACACUACCAUUUAUUUACAUUCACCGCUUAAAACCUUAUUAAUGUUGGUGGAUUUUGCCAAUAUCGAUUGUGAGGAAUUGUUUAAGAAUAACAAAUUGAAAACUAAUAGUGAGUUUAUUCAAACAGUUAAGGAAAAAGGAGCUGAAUUGAAAUUUAGUGAAUUGGAGGACAAGCAGCAAAUUUUAGAUAGUAAAGUCUUUUUUAAGGACGCCCUUAUUUUUAAUGAUUAUCAGAAAUUCAUUAAGAAAUGUGCUUAUUUAAUAGAGGGAUUUUUUGGAAAGUAA